UUUUGGUCUCCGCAAUCCCCCGCAACCCACAUUUCUCUAUCUCCAUUUCCCCCCUUAUCUCAUCUUCCUCUUGUUUUCUCCUUGCCAUUUGUUGUGAAGUUAGGGAUAGAGAGAGAGAGAGAGAGCAAAGAGAGCAAGAGCUUCAUUGAGAGAGAGAAUUGGAAGGCAUGGCGUUCGCAGGAACAACCCAGAAAUGCAUGGCCUGCGAUAAGACUGUGUAUCUGGUGGAUAAGUUAACUGCAGACAACCGAGUCUACCACAAGGCCUGCUUCAGAUGCCAUCACUGCAAAGGGACCCUCAAGCUUGGAAACUACAAUUCCUUUGAGGGAGUACUUUAUUGCAGGCCACACUUUGAUCAACUCUUCAAGAGGACUGGCAGUCUAGACAAAAGCUUUGAAGGGACACCAAAAAUUGUGAAACCAGAGAAACCAAUUGAUAGUGAGAAACCCGUAGCAAAUAAAGUGUCUAGCAUGUUUGUGGGAACCAGAGAUAAAUGCGUGGGCUGUAAGACUACUGUCUAUCCGACUGAGAAGGUCACCGUGAAUGGAACUGCAUAUCACAAGAGUUGUUUCAAAUGCACCCAUGGAGGGUGUACGAUCAGCCCAUCCAACUACAUCGCACAUGAGGGGCGGCUCUACUGCAAACACCACCACACCCAACUGAUCAAGGAAAAGGGAAACUUGAGCCAGCUUGAGGGUGACCAUGAGAAGGACACAGCUAAUGAGAAAGUGAAUGGCAGAGAAGUUGCUGCCGAAUCAUAAUGUGAUGAACAGAUGAAGGGAACUUUUCUUUUUCUCCUCCUUGCCUCCAUGUUGCUGCAGUCCCUUACUGUUGUUCACUCUUUCCCUGCAGUCCAGAGAAUGGUUUUAAUCUUACAAAACAUGGAAUUCUUAAUGUUUCCAGUUGAAGUGUGUGGGACUUGUUUGUUAUUUUGGGUUCUGUUGUGACGUGAGAUUGUGGAUGCUCAAUGAGAUGCAGAGACCUAUUUGAUUUUCAGUGUAAUAUGGUGAUGUUAACUGUAAUUUGAGAAUUCUUAUUGCACUUGUGUUGGUUUUGAAUAAAGGUUGAGGAUCCCCAUUGUUGUCUCCUAACAA